CUUCAUCAUCCUCCGCCGACAUUCUCCUCGAAAUCACACACACACACACACACACACACACACACACAUAACCACUCGAAAAGUUCGAUAAACCCAUAUACGUACCGCCGAUCAUGCCGAAACAAAAGCGAAUUCCGAAGUUUCAGGUAAACCAGUCGAAAUACUUUCCAUAUCCGAACGACGUGGUGCGCGACCUGGCUGACAUCCGUGGAAUCGAGAUCGAGGGAGAGUGGAGCAAAAGGUACAGGGUCAAGAUCAUCGAGGAGCUGGAAGCAUGGGACGCCGAUCCAGCACGCAAGACGGCCGAGGACAUCGCUUUCCAGAAAUGGAAAGAGUUUUACCAGGUCACCACUUCCAAUUGGCCGACAUCGAGAAUUCAGCUCGAGCUUCAAGAGGGCGGCUUGCCCUGGCAUAAUGGGAUUCCAAGGCCAGAACUAAUACGCAGUCUCUAUACUCUACACCAGGAUUGCGGCUUUCAUCUACCUCUGCGCUCCAUUGCAUACAACAGCGACAUUACCCGAAUGCUAUCACGAACCUUCACAGCGGACCCCAAGCGCACCGGCUUCCUCGAUCUCCCCCGCGAGCUACGCGACGCCAUCUACAAAGAUGCGUUCUUCAACGACCCCGCCGGACUCAGUCUCGCAACCGUAUUCGACGAGUGGCGCGUCUAUUACGAUGUACAGAUGGACCGUAAUGGAGAGAUGGACAGCUUGCGCAUUUACAUUGACCGCCGAACGUCCCGACGAGCUGCCAGCCGUCGGACCAAAUUCACUCUUGAUCUCAUGAGCGCUAUGUCCCGGCAAGUCCGACAAGAAGUCCGGGUUGCACUACAAGAGAGCCUACAGUUCGAAGAAAACCGCAGAAACCGCAUCGCGAGGCGAUGAAUGGAGGGAAGAGGGGAAGAGGACUUCGGGGAGACGGUGUUCGGACGAGCGUAAGGGUGGGCAAGCUUGCAAGCUUUCUCUGUGAUACUUGGCUGCUUAAAAUGGUGAUCGUGGAGACUAUCGACUUGCUGGAUGCUAUGUAUUGUAACACAAUCUGAACACGGCAUGCCGAGCUGAAAGC